CGACUGCAAAAACCAGUGGGGAAUGUAUAAUCUCCAAACACCACCAAUGGAGUCAACGGCCACUGCUGCAUUGGAUCGUUCUAGUCAGCUAAAAGCUUUCGACGAGAGCAAGACCGGCGUGAAGGGCCUUGUCGACGCCGGAAUCGCAGAGAUUCCGGCGAUAUUCCGUGCACCUCCGGUUACUUUAAGAAGCCCAAAACCGCCUUCCUCCGGAUCGUCGGAGUUCACGAUCCCAACAAUCGAUCUCGGAGGAGGCACCGACUCGAUCACGCGGCGGAGCAUGGUGGGGAAGAUCGGAGACGCGGCGGAGAGAUGGGGUUUUUUCCAGGUGAUCAACCACGGCAUCCCGGUGGGUGUGCUGGAGAGGAUGAGAGAAGGGAUUCGUGGGUUUCACGAGCAAGACCCAGAAGUGAAGAAAGGCUUUUACUCUCGAGAUCCGAGUAACAAGAUGGUUUACAGCAGCAACUUCGAUCUCUUUAGCUCGCCCGCUGCCAACUGGAGAGACACUCUCGGUUGCUAUACGGCUCCAGAUCCUCCAAGACCCGAGGACUUACCCGCCGCUUGUGGGGAGGUGAUGAUUGAGUACUCUAAGGAAGUGAUGAAAUUGGGUAAAUUGCUCUUUGAGCUUCUCUCGGAAGCUCUAGGGUUAAACAUUCAUCACCUCAAGGACAUGGAUUGCACCAAUUCAUUGCUGCUUCUGGGCCAUUAUUACCCGCCAUGUCCUCAACCCGACCUUACGUUAGGCUUAAGCAAACACUCGGACAAUUCUUUUCUCACUGUUCUUCUCCAAGACCAUAUUGGAGGGCUUCAAGUUCUCCAUGACCAAUACUGGGUUGAUGUUCCUCCUGUUCCCGGAGCUCUUGUCAUUAACGUUGGAGAUCUUCUCCAGCUUAUAACAAACGACAAGUUCAUAAGUGUGGAGCAUAGGGUUUUGGCGAAUGGAGCUGGACCUCGAAUUUCAGUGGCGUGUUUCUUCAGUUCAUAUUUGAUGGCGAAUCCUCGAGUUUACGGACCCAUCAAAGAGCUUUUGUCUGAACAAAACCCUCCCAAGUAUAGAGACACCACCAUUACAGAGUAUGCAAAAUUCUACAGAUCCAAAGGAUUCGAUGAAACGUUUCAAAAUUUUCUUUCUUUCUUUGUUCUGUUUCCUGAUAAACAAAACCCGAUGGAAACGGCGAAGAUUGCUUCGUGCGAUCGUGUCAGUGACCUUAAAGCGUUCGACGAGACGAGGACAGGUGUAAAAGGACUCGUCGACGCCGGAAUUUCAGAGAUUCCACGCAUAUUCCACCACUCAUCUCUCAAACUAGCAAAUCCUAAACCACUUUCCUCUGACUUGCUACAUCUGACGACGAUCCCCACUGUUGAUCUCGAAGGAAGAGACUUGGAGGAUGCGGUUAAGCGCAAGAACGUGAUUGAAGAAAUUAAAGACGCAGCAAGUAAGUGGGGCUUCUUCCAGGUGAUCAACCAUGGAGUGUCACAGGACCUUCUUGAGAAAAUGAAAGAUGGAGUUCGUGGAUUUCACGAGCAAUCACCAGAAGCUAGGAAACAAUAUUACGGCCGCGAUUUCAGCAGAACGUUUCUGUAUUCAAGUAAUUUCGAUCUCUAUACUUCUCCUGCUGCUAAUUGGAGAGACACUUUCUCUUGUUAUAUUGCUCCAGAUCCUCCUAAACCACAUGACUUGCCAGAGAUUUGCAGGGAUGUUAUGUUGGAAUACUCAAAGCAAGUGAUAAAUCUGGGGGAAUUUCUGUUUGAGCUUUUAUCAGAAGCUCUAGGGUUGAAUCCUAAUCACCUAAAUGACAUUGAUUGCUCGAAGGGUUUGCUCAUGCUCUGCCAUUACUACCCACCGUGUCCAGAGCCUGAUCUGACUUUAGGCACAAGUCAGCACUCGGACAACUCUUUUCUAACCAUCCUUCUUCCAGAUCAGAUCGAAGGGCUUCAAGUUCACCGUGAAGGGUACUGGUUCGAUGUUCCUGCUGUUCCCGGUGCACUCAUCAUCAACAUCGGAGAUCUUCUUCAGGCAAGUUUGCACAGUCAGUGCAAUUAUUCUCAGUUUUGCAUUCUUAUAACAAACGACAAGUUCAUUAGUUUGGAGCAUCGAGUACUGGCGAACAGAGCCACAAGAGCUCGAGUCUCCGUCGCGUGUUUCUUCACCACCGGCGUGAGACCAAAUCCUAGAAUGUACGGACCCAUUAAAGAGCUUGUGUCUGAAGAAAACCCUCCAAAGUAUAGAGAGACCACCGUUAGAGAGUACGCUGCUUACUUCAAUGCCAAAGGACUUGAUGGAACCUCUGCUUUGCUCCAUUUUAAAAUA